UUGUGCUCUGUCGUGACUCUCCUCUCUCGUCUCCGAACUCAUCUCUGUUCGCACCUUGUUUCAAUAUCGAGUGGUUGGGAAUAACUAAGCCUCCGAGAUAUGUGAUAAUUUCUUUGAAUAUUUCAGUUUUUGUGGCACAUUAAUAACGGAUGUAAUAAUUGACCGCUUUUGAUCGAGUUUUUAUCUGAAUUUAUUUAUUAAUUUGUUGACUUUAAAAGCGAUAUCAUCUCACCUUCGGAAGUGGUGUUUCAAUCAUUAGCAAUUAUAGUGCCUGCCACAGAUGUUAGAUUUUGGCUAUUUAUGUGCUGGUCUUGAAUAGCAUAAACUGUGCUAAAAAGUUUGAAAAUGUCGAAUAGUGUUGAUUUAAGUGUCUUCCAAUCUGCUGGAUCAGUGGAAGACGAAUGCAGCGCUCUGAAACAGUUUUUGAGUGAUGUACUGAAGGAGCGAGCAGCGUUAAAAAAGGAAUUUGAUCAGCUGAAGGAAAACAAUCGGCUCAUAGCCGAGCAAAUAGAAGAGGAAGAUGAUGAUAGCGACGACGAAGACGUUGAGUCUGAAGGCCGGUUACUGGCUUUCCAAUCCGAGAAAAAGCGACUUGAAGACAAACUUAAAGUUUUAGAGGAGCAGUUGAGACUGAAGGAUAAGCAAAUGGCCGAGCUUGACGCUAAAGCCACAGAAUAUCUCCAUAGGGUGACAACCUCGAGUAAUUCGUUGUUUGACGAAGAAGAAAUGGAAGAGACUAGUGCGCGAUUAGUAAAUGCUGAACAAGGGCUUGUCGAUACUCUUUUGAGAAACGAUGAAGCGAAUAUCAACGCUAAUACAAGCAUAGGCCUAGUGAAUGAAUCUGAAACGACAGCAUUAGAUGGAGGUUUAAAGUCAGACGAGGCAGUGAGCCAGCCAGCCGUACCGGCUGUAACAGUAAGUAUGGAAGAAGGUAAUGCUUCAGGCGAUCCGAUGAAAAGCGUUGGAGUUGUUAAAGCGGAAGAAAUUCUUUCCUUAUCCAAUUUGGUGUCAGAGUUACGUAAUGUUAAAGAUGAAAUGGGGCGAUGCAUAUCGGUCACAACCAAAUCUUUCGCUGAGCUAGAAGAAGAAUUGGCAGCUUCUAAGAAAAAUCAGGCAUUGCUCGAAAGUCAGGUGUCAACGAUGCUUGAACGACUGAACUCGAAAGAAAAAAUGUUCGAGACUCUUACUAAAGAAAAUGAGAUCUUCAAAGAAGAGUUGCUGAAGAAAUCUAAAGAGUUGGAUAGCUCAAAGACCAAAGAAUUUACUGAAAAGGAAGAACUGGAAAACAAGUUGAAAGUACUGGAGCUUAUGAUGGCCGAGUACAGAACAGAGAUCGAAACAGUCACAGGAGAGAAAACACGAGUUGAAACACAAGCCAUGGAACUUGUUAAGGACAUAACGAACAAGAAUGUGGAACCAGUGCACGAAGAACGUGAUGUCUCUGAUCACGAAGAACACUCCCCAUGUAAUGAAGAAGACUCGCCUGCUGAGUCUUCUGCGGAAAACCUAGAUGAUCUUCCUCCUGAUGAUGCCUUCGAUGACUAUUCCAUUCUGGAAGAGCAGAACAAGAAGCUAAGCGAAAAACUAAGAAGCACUGGUAAAUAUCUGAAAGCCUUAGCUCGAGACCGUGAGUUAAAACGGAGAGAAUGUAAAGUUCUACAAGAAAAAGUGCAGCUUGUUGAAGGAAAAAUGUUGCAAUUGCAGAGCAGUUUUGAUACGCUUGUAGCUGCAGUCAUGACAGAAAGAGAUGACCUUUUGGCAGAAGUUGAGAGCAAACGUGCAGAAAUUGAACGCCUCUCAAAAAUAGUUCAAUUGCAAACUGAUCGCGAAAAAACACUAUUAGAAACUGCUGAUGAAAUGAAGAAGAAGCUGGAAAAUGUUGAAGUUUCGACGGAAGCCUGCGAUGCGAUGAAAAAAUCCUUCGAAACAGAGAUUGCUCGUCAAGCAGCAGCGUUCGAAACUAAUUUGAAAAAAUUUUCGGUCCAGAGUAGCGAAAGGGAAGAAAAAUUGCGUACAGAAAUAGCGGGGCUUGCGGGUCUUAACAAAGAAUAUCAGUCUAAAAUAACUGUUCUGCAAUGUCAAGUAGAUGAACUUGCUAAAGAUAAAGUGGAACAAGAUUCUGCUGAUGUUCUGAACGAAAAGCUGAAGACGAAAGAGGAAACCAUCAAGGAUUUGGAAGAACGCCUUGAAAGUUUAAAUAAUGAAAUGAACGAGUUCGUUUCUUGCCUGAAGGAUGAGAUGUCCAGAAUGAAAGAAGAUAUGAUGAGGCAGAGCGAUGCGAGACUUCAGUUGGAAGUUUCCUACGACACUCUAAGUGAGACGAACCGUGAGAUUAUUUUCGAGAAAAAUAAACUAGAAGAAGCCUCUGUAGAACUAUCAAUUGCUCUCAAUCAUCAGAAGAACCUCGUGGAAUCCCUGAAGGAUCAAGUUGAGGAUCUCUCUCGCAAGAAUACUGCGUUGACCUGCGAAUUUCAUGAAAAGGAGGAUGAAUAUAAUGAGGAGCUGAAGGCGAGGGAAGCCAGUAUUCUAGAGCUCAAAAAGACUCUCACCAACAACCAAAAACAGUCCUGCGAAAAUCUCCGUGGACUUCAAGACGAGAACACUGCUCUGCAACUUAAACUGUCAAAUCAAAUCGAAGAAUCAAAAGCAAUAAUAAGCGCUCUGGAAGAAGAAUGUGCCAAAUUGAAGGAGACUAAGGCAGAACUUGAAACCAAAUUUGAAGAAUAUGUUCAGUCGAACCAGAAAAAAACCAUUGAAUAUGAUACUGUCAUUGAAGAUUUAAAAAUAAAACUGAAAGAUUUGGAAAUUGCUAAGAACGAGGAUAUUAAAAACCUUAAACGUUCUGUUCAUGCCCUGCGUCGAAUCACAAAGAAAAAUUCAGAAGGAAUUGAAGAAGAGAUUGAAGAUGAAGAUCUUGAUGUCGAAUUGAUAACUGCCUGGUCCGGCUCAUUGGAAGAACUGGAAUGCGAGUUAAGCGUAGCUAAAGAUGAUCUGAUACGCGUCGUCCGUGGUGGUCGCCCCAGCAUCACCUCAGUGUCUGACGAGUCUUCGGACAAGGUGACCAAAAUAACCGCAAUGGUCCGACGUGUUGAAGAGCUGAGUGGUGUCUUGGCAGCGACCAGGCUCGGACGUGGUCUGUCUCAGACCAACAUCGUCCGUGACUCUGAAAAAACAUGCGCGUCAUCCGGAACAGUUCAGUCCGAAAAAUCUCACGGGGACGAACAACAAGGUUCUGCUGGCAACUCUGAACGAAUCGGUGAAUGUGAUGAAGAAUCACCCUCUGGGCAUGAAGACAAAGCAUCAAACACUUGGUGCCCGUUUGCGACGGAAGCAGAAUUUCAAGCCUUUGUAUCCGACAAAGAAAACACGAUAGCGUCUUUCGAGGAGAAAGUGAUUAAAUUAGAAGAAUCUUUGUCGUGCAAACAUAAGUACAUUGAAGAACUUGAAGAGAAACUUGAGGGUGCUAAACAAGAUUCCAAUGCUCAAGUUGAUCCCAAGACGUUCGAAGAUCAUUUGGAAAUUAUGAGAAAAUUGAACAGUGAUAUUACAACAUUAAAAGAAGAACUCGAUCGAUCACACUCGGAAUGUGAUGAACUGAAAACCACCAUAGCCCAUUUGGAGAGAGUUAAAUCUGAUCAAGAAGCCCAAAAGCUGAAAAUUGUUCUAGAAUUAGAAGCCAAAUUAAGAAGUGAAACAAAUGAAACAAAUUCGGAUGCCGAAACAGAAUCUGGUUCGGAAAAGCUUGAUCCUGAACUAAAAAAAAACUUGGAUGAACGAUUGAAAUUGAUAGUUAGUGCGAUAGAAAAUAGAGUAGCGCGCAGCUUAGCUGCGACUGAAUGUUCUAGGUUAGAUGAAGUAGAAUCGUCCUACCUUGCCAAGAUAGAUUCAGUAGUGGACAGAUCGGAUUCUCGCGUUGGUGUUUUGGAAGAGGGAACGAAAUUUGUUCAUCAACCUACACGUGACUCUAAUGAUCAUUUGUUGGAAGAAAAUUGUGAUUUGAAAAGAAAAUUAACCGUGCUAGAGACUAACUUGACUGAAACGGCGAAUAAUUACGCAAAAAUGGAAGCGAAGAUGAAGUUGACGGAGAAUAAAGUUGGUGUUCUCAAUGAGGUCAAGAGGAAGCUGAUGGACUACACCAAGACGCUCGAAGAUAAACUCCAAUCCAGUGACGAUAGCAAAGUAGCUUAUCUGUCAGAAAAGAAGAAUUCGGCGAGAAAAGUUGAAGAGCUGUGCAGAGAGACUCAAGAAAUGAAGACGCGCAUUGAGGUGUUGAACGCGAGAUGUGACGAGCUUCUGAUAGAGAAAGACCUGGGAAAUAAAUUACGGGAAGAAACUAAACUUGAACUUGAACGCCUAAAGAGGAAAAUCGCUGAAUUGGAAGAGGAAAAACUUGAAUUAGAGGCCAUGCACUCAUUGUGUGAUCAACAUGCUUCAAAAAUCUCUGAACUGGAAGAGGAGAACUUGAAGAUAACUUCGCAAUUGCAUUCAUGUAACUCUAAGAUUUUGGAGAUGGAAAGAAAUGCAUCUCAUGACAGUGAUUUGAUCAGUCAGCUGCAGCAAGAGAAACAAACCCUCCAAACCGCCAACGAUGACCUUCGUUCUGCAAUAAAUGCCAGUGAAUCCCGUGUCAAGGUUACAAAUGAAGAAAUAAAAGAGUUAUCUCGUGUUAAUUCUGAACUAAAAGCGGGGCUACAAUCGUUCAGUAAUAAAGAUAAAGCUCAGAAGAAAGGGGAUCACGAACCGAAUUCUGAGUCAAGAAAACACGAAAGUUUCCAGCCAGAUACUAAAGAUGAAAGUGGCAUGGAACCCGUCAAAAAAUUUGAUAACCCACGGGACUAUGAGAGUGACAGAAUUAAGUCUUUAGAAGAAGAAGUGAUACAGCUUAAAAAGGAGAAGGAGUCUCUAACUAGAGAUCACGAAGAAGAGCAAAAAAAUAUGUUGGAAAUGCAGAAUUUGAUGGUUGCUGACAUGGAAAAACUGAUCCUCUCUCUGGAAGCUGAGAAAAACACCCUCUCUGAAAGCAAAGACAAUAUGUAUGUCGAACUGAAAUCGUUUAAGGAAGAAAAUUCAGCUCUCACUUCUAAAGUAAACGACCUGAAUGCCACUGUAAAAUAUCUGGGUGAGAGGUUAUACCAGCUUGAAAUCGAGAAAGGAUCCUUAUCAGAACAGCAUGAGCAUUCAAGCGAAACGUUAGAAAGACUCGGUGAUAUUGGAGUGAGCGGCAACGGCCUGACUACUGGCACCUCAGAAGCCGCUCAAACGAAAGUUGCAGAGUUGCGCGCGUUGGCAACCUCUGCGGUCGCUUUGCAAAGAGAAGACAUCGCACUGCGAAGGUCGGCUGCGAUCGACGUUCUGCCCACGAGCGAUAGUGUGAACGAUGUUAGUAGUCUACAACGGAAAAUUAGCGAAUUGCGACAGGACUUGACUGCUGAACUAGAUUUUGUGGAGUCUAGAAAAGACGAAGAAACUCAGCGUCUCGAAAAAAAAUUUGCCGAUCUUGAGACAGAAUUUUCUCGAAAGUUAGCUGAAACUAAAGAAUAUUACGAAUCCUUAAUUUCAGAAGAAAAAAGCGAGUUUGGUCGGUUGUUAGUGACACGAGUCACUGAAUAUGAAAGGAAACUUGCUGAAAAAUGCGACGAGAUCAGCGGAUGGGAAAUUAAAUUACUUUCUAUGCAAGAAGAGCUGGACAAUAAAAUGAUUGUAAUAGAAGAGCUCGAAACGAGGCUCGAUGAUCGCUCAACUCCUAGACUAGCAAGACGAAUGACUCCUAUGACGUCAUCUCCAUCACUCCGAACCGUUUCUUCAUCGUCAUCCGUUAGUGAUGAUAAAUUCGUUUCGGAUGAUGUGAAACAUUCCUCCAAUUCCACUACAUUACAAUGUGAUGUUGACCAUCAACUUGCUAAUGAAAGCGACGGGUUAGACGUAUCCACUUUUCAUCCUAAUUCCAGUGCUGAAGCGCUAACGCGUCAACGGCCCAUAUUAUCCUUAGUAAUGUCGUCCUCUUAUCCUGACCUCGAUGCACUCGACUCUCGAUCGACGUCAGGCGUCUCUUUGGACGCCACGGACGAUGUUGCAGAGCAAGAUGUGCAUCAGGAGAUUUUCCCUCACGCAAAAACUGCUGUAUUUGUUUCCCGCGAUUUUCCCUCUUCUUCUUCACUUAGUUGUGCUGCUACGAAUAGGUAUGCGUCCGAAAAUGAGGUUUCUGCUCCUUCUGGCUACGAAUCGGAUUCAUCGUCUGAGUCGUCGCAAGAAGACACUACAAUUUCGUACUCCGUUGGAGUUUGUGCCGGCGCUAACACUUCUUCCAGCGGCCCCUUAUCUUCUGGCACCCCAGAAGAAUGUGCUCCAACUGUGCCUGAUGGAACGGUGCCGUAUUCGAGUACCGAUUCGUCGCCGUCGUCAUAACCUUCACUCCAGCACCUACAA